AUGACAGACAAGAUAAUGUCUAGUGCGACAGUACACCUUAGUGUUCCUGGAGAUUGGAAACUUUGGUACAAGCAUAUGCUAGGAUAUGCAAAGGACAAGAAGAUAUCAGACUUCAUCAAUCUUGAUAAACCUGAUAUCUUCUCUGAACUAGAAGAACCUCUGGAACCCGAGAGUCCAGAAGAAGCCACCGCGGAGGCCAAGAUAGCAUAUGACAUCAAGGUCACUGCGUGGAAAAUCAAAUAUAUGAAAUAUGAAAAAAUGAAUGAAGGUAUGACAAAGAUACGAGAUGUCAUAUGGAGAACAGUGGAUGUCACAGAGCUACGACAUGUACACAGUGAGGAUGAUGAUGUGAAGGAGAUUAUCUGUUCAUUAAGAGAUUGUCUCUCAUCCAUGACUGCGGACUAUCAAGAUGAUGUGAGAACCCGAUACCAUGAUCUCUGCAAAGCACUGAAAAACAGAGAUGAUAUCAAAGAGGCGGAUAUAGCUGGACAGUUCAACUUGAAGAAAGAUUUCUUAAAUGCGAACCUAGCUAUUGAUGCAGGUUAUGCACAAGCAUGGGCUAAGGAUGUCUGA